UGUUCAAUGUGGGAGAUGUAGCACAAGUAAGUGACACCCCAGCCAGACCGCCUCUGGUGAGACACGAGAGUAUUACAAUAUUGCGUGCUAAUGAUGAGGAAGGAGCCGUACCAGGAGUAAAUCGUCAUAACGAACACAGAAGAAGUUUAGUUGUUCCAACAAAAUCGAUGGACUAUUCGCAUCUUUCCACAGAUCCUACUCGACCAGGAAUACAAGAAAACAGCACUCUGGAGCGAGCCACCCAGCCCAUUUCGUCCACCAUGAACCACAUGACAUCACGUGACAACAAUCACGUGUCACAUGACCAUGCUCAAGUCUACCACAACUCAGUCCCCAUUGUCAGGGAAACUGGAGGUGGUUACCAUGACUCCAGGAUUCCAGGACAGUACGAUAGAAUGUCUGGAAUGCAGAGGACAGAUAGUGUGGACACUGCAGGAUCUCAGAUAUCGGAGCUGUGUUAUUCGCUCUCUCAGCUUACUAAAGGGGGCACUGAGGGUGCACAUCCUGCACGACCAGGAAGUACCACUUCCUCUCGCGCGCUGGUACCACCUGGCACAUUUGCCAGUGUCACUAUGGCUGCGCAUCCUAUUGAUCCGGAUUGCUGUACUCGUGUUUCUAGACACGUCAUGGGUGCUUAUGGAGGAGCAGGCAGGAACACACCAGCACGUGCUUACACUCCCAACUCAGCCAAGUUUAAACCUCACAAACAGAAGGUUGCCACAAUCCACGAAAAAACGGAACAUCGCGUAAAGAAGUCGUCAAAGGACCCGGAAGGACUUGAAUCAUCUAGUCUAAAAUUCUUCAGUAAAAUGUCUCACGACAAGUCGCAUCAGAAAAAGCAGAAAAAACAUCUGCUCGGUCAGCUGAAAGGCGAACCUUCGGGACAUAUGGCAGAUCGAGGAGGACACAGAAGUGAUAGUAGAUAGAAUGGGUUAGACACCAC